AUGCGGUUUAUGGACAUUGAGCAGGGUUCGCGUUCUGUACGCGAGUAUGAUGCGGAGUUCAGUCGUCUGUUGGUGCAUGCAGGCUUUGGCAUGGAGGCCGAGCAUCAGUUGACGAACAGGUUUCUGGAGGGACUUCGCAAGGAUAUCGGACUCUAUGCAGGAGUAGUACGCACACUUCGAGGCGAGUCUGGUAGAGCCGUCAGCAGUUGCUUCUGCUGCCCAGCCUCGGGUCAGCAUCAGCAGCCGCGACAGCAGCAGCAGCAGCAGCGCAGAGGUGGUUCGAGUUUCAGUUCUGGUUCUGGCAGGGGCGGUUUGCCUGCGCAGAGGGAGUCAGCACCGAGGGUGUGCUACUACUGCAAGGAGCCUGGGCAUAUCAAGCCCAUGUGUCCUAAGUUGCGGAGUAUGUCGGUGGCUUCGGUUCAGCCAGUAGCGGCUCAGCCAGUGAGUCAGAUCGCAGCAGUGCAGCCGUUGGGUCAGAUUGCACCGGCGCCGCGGGGUUACUCUUCAGUGGAGACUGGCGGGACUAGUCAGACCGGGCAGAUCACAGAAGUGGGCGGUUUUGAGUCCCACGUUUUAUUCGACUCUGGAGCAUCGAAUUGCUUCAUUACACCGGAGCGUGCCGAGAAGAGUGGCAUCCGGAGUAGCGCGGGCGAGAGCGCGGGCAUGGUCAAGGUGGCGGGAGGUGGAUUCUUGUCUACUUUGGGCCGUGCUAGAGGAGUCGAGAUCGAGAUUGCGGGGCAGUCAAUGCCAGCAGACUUAGUCAUCAGUCCGGUGGAGCUGUAUGACGUUAUUCUCGGGAUGGACUGGUUGUCACACUACAGAGUUCAUCUGGAUUGCUACAGAGGUAGAGUGGUCUUCGAGCGAGAUGCAGGGAGGUUGGUUUAUCAGGGAGUGAGACCGACUUCCGGGAGUAUUGUGAUAUCUGCUAUUCAGGCCGAGCAGUUGUUACAGCGGGGCUGUGAGGCGUAUCUGGCGACGAUUUCUAUGUCUGAGUCAGGAGCUGGAGUUGUUAUGGGAGAUAUUGAGGUUGUCCAGGAUUUUGAGGAUGUCUUUCAGUCACUGAAGGGAUUACCACCAUCUCGGUCUGAUCCUUUCACGAUUGAGUUAGAGCGGGGACAGCUGAUGUCUUUUGGAGCAUUCUGGAGCAUAUGGGACAGAGGAGCAUGGAGGACUUGGCACAUGGACGCAGCUCAACUGGAUACGCAAAGGAAGAAGGAGGAAGCCAUCUUGAAGACCAGCUCGACCAUCUACUCGACCAACCGGUCGAGUUCCUCAACUCGACCGGCCAAGCUUCAACUCGAUCGAGCUGAGAAGUCAACAGUCAAACCCGAAAAAUGUUGCUUCCCCCUUGACUUUCCUUUGACCCUAAACCUAAUCCUCUUUGUAUUUAAGGCUAAAAGCCACGAAAAAACCACCAAGCUUUAG